AUGUUCCCGCCUCCAAGACCCUCUAAUCCCUUUGCAGGGGAUGCUGGAUCGAGACCGCCCAGCAGUGACAGGCGAGAGCAGUCCUUGUCGCUUAUUUCCAACAUGGGCAAGGGCAACAACAGUCGCAUGCCUGGAUAUGGUAGUAGCGACCGUAGUCCCUUGACCCCCCUCGGAACAAACGGAGCUGUGGGAUUUGGGACGGGAAUCCGACAACGUCGACUGCCAAACAAUGAUACGCCGACAAGUCUUGCUGGUAAUAAUAACGGGUUUCCACGAGAACCGAUUCAAGGUCCACCGCGUUGGAGUCUCUCCAUGAGCAUGGGAGCUGCUGAGGCGAAUGCGUUGGGUUCAGCGGCUCCCGUGCCAAAUGAGGUGCCCCCACACAAUGACAACGCCAUUGUCCCUCGUGCUUUUGACGAAUUCUGGAUCCUAGUAUUUGGAUUUAGCACAAACCAACAGUAUGAUGAGGUCCUUGCAAAGUUCAAAAACCUAGGGAAUGUCGUCUCUAUCAAGGGAGUUCCAAUGGUCAACGGAUCGAGAAACUGGGUGGCACUGAGCUACGAUAGUCAACUGACAAUGGAAAAGGCCGUUGGUGAAAGCGGACUACAACUCAGUGAUGGCUAUGUCUUGGGUUGGCGGUCUCCACGACUCUACGAAUGGUGCGUGAUUCGGGAACACUUUUUUGCACAUCAAGGCAUGUUUACAAGUGUUACAGAGCAAACCAGGGGUGCCGAUGGAAACAUGUCUCGGGUCAACCAUUCUGCCUCUUUGUUCCCGAUGGAAAACAGCCAACAAAAUCCGACUGGUGAAUUGAAUGAGGCGGAUAUCUUGAUGUCACGCGACGACACUUUUUCCCGAAAGCAAAAGACUACAUGCGAAAAGUUCAUGGGCUGGGUCUACGGUUGGUAG